AUGACGAAUCCAAACAAGGACCCCUAUGUUUCUAAGGCAACAAAGAAAGCACUCAUGAUAAAAAUCUUUAGUUCAACACCAAAUGCUUGGUUUAUGGAUAUCUUGGAAAACAUUCCGAGGUAUAGAGAAGAUGGACCUCCAUACUGGCUAAUAUUUGUCGGUCAAAACACAAGAUACUGUGAAGCCAUACCAUUAUGGUCCAAAAAUAUUUUAGAUGUGAAAACUGCUUUGACAAUAUUCGUUGACAAAUACCAUCCAACAAAACUGACAUCUGACUGUGAAAGUUCUUUCAAAUCAGACGAUAUUAAAAACUAUCUGCGUUCAAAAAAUGUAAACCAAUAUUUCAUUGUCGACCAAAACCAUUCUGCUCUUGGUGUCAUUGACAGUUGUAUAAAAAUCUUAAGAGACUUAAAUCAACCACAAGGUGGUGAAGCAAAUGAAAUGUCAUAUGACGACAAAUAUAGACACUUCUCCAUGGCAAAGAUGAGACAAGUUUUAAAUAUUUACAAUAGCCGUAAACAAAAAGGUUUGGGAAACCAUUCCCCUGAAGAAAUGAAAAACAACCCUGACUUAGAGAAAGACUAUAUAUUUAAUAGUUUAGUCAA